AAGCACUUCGGAAGGCUUUAAAAGGUGCAUGGAGGAGAUCUAAAUCGGCAGAAAUCUCAGAGACCACCUGUGGGUUCUUCCUGAAGGCAUUACGCUGGGCUGACUAUUAAAACGCUCAACAAAAAGUGCGUGCUUUGGGAUGCAAAGAAGCAGGAUGUCGCUGUCUUGGAACUUUAGGUUUGGAAUUGUGAUCAUCGGAGACUCUGCCGUGGGAAAGUCCUCCUUGCUACAUCGCUACACAGAAGGGACGUUCGACGAGUCCAGGCAAUCUCCCCUGGGAAUCGACUUCAAGGUUCAACACCUUGACUUUGACCCCGGCAUCCUGAUCAAAUUGCUCCUCUGGGACACAGCAGGGCAGGAGAGAUUCAGGUCUAUUUCCAAGUCCUACAUGAGGAACUCAGUGGGCUGCAUCCUGGUCUUUGACAUCUCCCAGCGUCAGAGCUUUGAGCACAUACAGAGCUGGCACAAAGAGGUGCAAGAUUAUGUGAAGCCAGCCACCAUGAUCUUCUUGCUCGUGGGCCACAAGAGCGACCUGGUGAUCCGCAGGCAGGUCAGGAAGACUGAGGCAGAGGCAUUAGCCAAGGAGCUGGACAUGGCAGGUUACAUCGAGGUCUCGUCCAAAGACAAUGUUAAUGUCACAGAGGCUUUUGAGACCCUUACCAGGGAGAUCUACCAAAGGUUCCAGCAAGGAAACAUCCCAUUGGUGGAGAGCUGGUAUGGCUUGACAGUGGGGAUGCCUCUUCAUGAAAGUCAACCAAAGACCGAAAAAACAGGUUGUAACUGUGGUUAAUUCUCCAACAUUCCAUUCCUCAACCUGUAUCGUACAGUUCAUGAAGUCACUAAUGCAAAUGCCUGGAAAUUUGUCUGGAUUGGAGUCCACAGUAAAGGUGCUGCAUCUGAUUCUUGCAGCAGAGACACAGUGGAGCCAUUUUUGAUGCUGAAAGGAUACACUUGUCAUUAAAAAAACAGAACCGUUAUCCACUAUUGGUUUUGACCACGUUUAGAAUAUUGGCGCUAUCCAAACAGGUCUCAUACAUUCACUUUGCCACGCCCACACCUCCGGGUCGACACGGAACACCUGGGACGCAACGCAGACUACAGCAU